ACAGCUGAUUGCCCAAACCACAACAAUUUUUAAAUGUGAUCCGGCUGAAAUCGACUAGGAAACCCGCUCGAAAUGGUUAAAAUCAGGAAGAAGGAGGCGAAGAAGAAGCCCUUGACCCGCAAGGAGCAGAGGAAGCAAAAGUCGGAGGUCAAAAAACAGAAUAAGCGACUUUAUCACGCCGGCAAGACUAACGGUUCUCAGCGCGUGGCCGCGGCGGCAGAGGCGUCGGCAGCGCAGUCGCUGCAGGGCAAAAACAAGAAGAAGAGAAGGAGCAAGAAAGUCAUCCAAAAUCCAGAUGAAAUUCCCAAGGAGCAACUUUUAUCCGGGGAAAUAGCCAGCGAUGAUGACGAGUCCAUCGAUUCGGACUUCAGUGAUCCCGAGGUUGAUGCCUUGUUGCCCAAAAAAGCCAAAGUAGAAGUCUUCGAGCCGCUCCAGGGGAAGAAGGCGAGGAAAGGAGGCGCCAUCCAAAGGCAAGAUGAGGAGGCGGCCCGGCGGAAGGAGCUGCGCCAGCAGAGGGAACUGGAGAGCAAGUCCAAGAAGCAGCGGCUGAAGCAACUCCGCCUGGAGAACGAGGAGGAGGACCGCGAGAUCAACAAGCUGGAGAAGAAGCUGAAGCUCAACAAAUCCAAGGACAAGAACCGCCUGGUCAGGAAGAUGUUCAACGAUGGCCUGGACUACCUGCUGGACUUCGUCCUGGAUGACGAGGAGGAGAAGCUUAAGUGGGAGGAGAAGCAGGAGCGCAAGAAGCGGCUGAAGGAGCAGCAGGAAAAAGAGGAGGCGGGCAUGUGGAGCGAUGAGGAGGAGGAUGAGGAACGAGAUGAGCCCCACGAUAACUUCCCCGACGAUGACAGUGGGUCAGAGGAGAAUGACGAUGAUGAAGACCUUAGCGGAGAUGAGAAGCACAGCGAGGAGGAGUCUGAACAGGAGGAGGAGGCACCCAAAGUUAAGGAGGACAUCUACGGACGCAAACGCGAUGCCGAGGGCAACAUCCUGCCCGAUCCCGUGGAGCAGGAGGCCUCUGCCGCCGGCCAGAAGUACAUACCGCCACAUCAGCGAGCUCUGAUGGCCGCCAGUGCGGGCUCCAGCGAAAAGCAGGCAGAAAUUCUGGCCCGCCUUCUAAAGCAAUGCAAAGGGCUGCUCAAUCGUCUCUCCGAGGCGAAUCUGCACAAGAUUGCAGCUGGCAUAGAGGCGCUCUACAUGAAAAACUCCCGCUACAACAUGAACGAGACCCUGACCAAGUUACUCCAGGAAGCCCUGCUGGGCUCCACGCGAACCAAUGAGCGAAUGGUGCAGGAACACAUGGUGCUCUUGGCCUAUCUGCAUGCCCAAAUAGGCAGCGAGAUUGGAGCUCAUUUUCUGCAGACCUUUGUAGAGCUUUUCGAUGGCUAUGUAAAGGAUAUCGCUAGCCUGGAGGUGGAGGACAAGCGGUUGAAUAACCUAGUGCUAGUGCUCUGCUACAUGUACCUCUUCAAGAUUUACGAGCUGAGCCUGCUGAUGGAGCUGAUAGGCAAAUUGGCCGAUCAGCUUUGCGAGAAGAGUGUGGAGUGCCUCUUGCUGAUCUUUCAGUCCAUCGGUUUCCGCCUGCGCAAGGACGAUCCAUUGGCUUUCAAGAACAUGAUGCAAAGAGUUCAAUCGCAGAUUGCCACUGCUCCACUGGAGCUGAAAGAGAAUCCUCGCCUGCGUUUCAUGGUGGACAUUCUGAAUGCUGUCAAGAACAACAACAUGCAAAAGCUGCCUCAAUACGAUCCUGAAUUGGCGGAGAAUCUUCGAAAGCGUCUGAAGGCCAUGUUGAAAAAUGAUCGUUACGUUGUGACUUUGAACAUAACACUGGAGGAUCUUCUACGUGCCGAUAAAGUGGGAAAAUGGUGGAUCGUGGGUUCUGCCUGGACUGGAAAUCUCGACGAGAUGGGUUCCGCCAAGCAAAAGCAGGAUAAGAACUCAGCCAAGUCUGCAAAUGGAGGCUUCGCCGAUAAGUUACUGGAGCUGGCCAGAAAGCAGCAGAUGAACACAGCUGAAAGGAGGAAUAUCUUCUGCAUCAUCAUGAGUGCCGCUGAUUAUGUGGAUGCCUUCGAGAAGAUCCUCCACUUGGCUCUGAAGGAUCAGCGGGCGGUGGCCUAUGUGAUCAUCCAUUGCGCCCUCAACGAAAAGCGGCCCAAUCCCUACUACGCUCAUUUGGCGCUCAAGUUCUGUCAGUUCAAUAGAAAGUAUCAGCUGGCAUUCCAGUUUGCCAGUUGGGACCGGAUCAAUGAUAUCGAGAAGCUUUCCAGGCCACAGAUUCGCAACCUGGCGAGUUUCCUUCAGCAAGUUAUCCUAGCUGCUGGUUUGCAGCUCUCUGUGCUCAAAGUGGUCGACUUUAUGCAGCUGGAUAAACUCAGCUUUUACUUCAUGAAAGAGGUGAUGGUGAGGUUACUUUUGGCGCCAGAUGAGCGGGAAGUCUAUCAGACCUUCGAAAGAGUAGCCAAAAACACCAAGCUACAGCAGUUUAAGCAGAGCAUUAGGCUCUUCCUGCAGCACUUCCUUUUGAAGGAGGAUCAGCUGGAGAAGCUGAAGCUCAAGGAGGAGGAGCAACAGCUUCUGCAGCAACGCGUGGAUCACCUGGACCAGCUGCUGGCCUAUGUGGACUUGUAAAAAUAAGUAGAGUUAGAAGGCGACCUUUCUAGCUUGUAAAAUAAACGUAUACCUUAGGAUCCCAAUA